AUGGAGUUGGAGUUCCUGCCCUACUACUUCUGGGUGUGCAUGUGGUCCUCUUUGUUCACCAUCCUGGUGGCGGUCUUCGAUCUCUGCGCGCUGAUGAAGCACGUGACUAUGUUCAGCGAAGACAUCUUUGCUGGCCUGAUCAGUCUUAUCUUCAUCAUCGACGGCAUCCUGCCAAUCCUUCGCAACUUCAUCGAGGAGACGAUUCCCCUGCGCAGCGCCAUGUUCGAGACGCUGCUCUUCGUCAUCACCUUCGGAGGCGCGUCCUACCUCUCGUACUUCCGCCGCACCCCAUGGACCGUCCGCUCCCUCCGCUGCUCGGCC